GUCUGAUCUGGCUUUCAGAUUCAGGGUUCGAUUUCGUCUUGCCAAUUUUUAGGUUAUAAUUUUGUAUAUUCUUAGGUGAGAUUAUAAUCUUAUUUGAACAAUAUAAUGGCAGAAACUUCCACUGAAAAAUUAUCAAAAAAUGAACUGAAACGGCGUUUGAAAGCCGAACAGAAAUUAAAAGAAAAAGCAGAGAAGGCUUCUCAGCAACCUAUAAACAUAGAAAAAAAAUCACCAAAAGAAGAUGAAGAAAUAAGUCCUAAUGAAUAUUACAAAUUGAGAACUGCUGCUGUGGCAGCACUCAAGAAUGGUUCCAAGGAAGACCACCCAUAUCCUCAUAAAUUUACAGUUACAAUUUCACUCGAAGAGUUUAUUGAAAAGUACAAUAAUUUAAAUAGUGGAGAUGUUCUUGAAAAUGUUACUUUGUCGGUAGCUGGCAGAAUUCAUUCUAUAAGAGAGUCUGGUGCAAAACUCAUUUUCUAUGAUUUAAGAGGAGAAGGUGUAAAGAUCCAGGUAAUGGCUAAUGCCAAAAUGUAUGAGUCUGAGGAAAAAUUCAUAAAGGACACUGAUAAAUUACGAAGAGGUGACAUAAUUGGGUGUGUGGGUCAUCCAGGUAAAACUAAGAAAGGAGAAUUAUCUAUUAUCCCUAAAAUAAUAAAAUUGCUAUCUCCCUGCCUUCAUAUGUUGCCACAUUUACACUUUGGUCUUAAAGACAAGGAAACCAGAUUUAGAAAGAGGUACUUGGAUCUCAUAUUAAAUGAUAAGGUGAGACAAACAUUUUACACAAGAACAAAAAUUAUUUCAUAUGUAAGAAGAUUCUUAGACAACCUUGGCUUUUUGGAAAUUGAGACUCCAAUGAUGAAUAUGAUACCAGGUGGUGCUACAGCCAAGCCUUUCAUUACACAUCACAAUGAUUUGAAUAUGGAUCUGUUUAUGAGAAUAGCUCCAGAGUUGUAUCAUAAGAUGUUAGUUGUUGGUGGCUUGGAUCGAGUCUAUGAAAUAGGUAGACAGUUCAGAAAUGAGGGUAUUGACUUGACUCACAACCCUGAAUUUACUACUUGUGAAUUUUAUAUGGCGUAUGCUGAUUACCAUGACUUGAUGUCCAUUACUGAAAGCAUGAUUUCUGGGAUGGUAAAGAGUAUUCAUGGCAGCUACAAGGUGAAAUAUCAUCCUGAUGGACCAGAGGGUGAAGAAGUUGAAAUCGAUUUUACUCCACCAUUCGCUCGUGUCCCCAUGAUUGCUACCCUUGAAAAAGAACUAAAAGUUAAAAUGCCACCAGCUGACCAACUUGAUACAGCUGAAGCCAAUGUAUUUUUGAGUCAACUUUGUGAAAAACAUGAGGUAAGGUCAGAUUGCUCCAUCACUGAAACUUAG